AUGAAUGUAAGAAACCGUACGUGGAAUGCGCAAGAAAAGACUAAUCUUUACCCACUUCCUGUGUCUUGUGGUUUGUUAUUUAAUCAGCACGGCUGAUAAAAUUCUUCAAUCUUUUCUUUGUGCUCUACAAAUUAUCAUGUACUCUAGUUUACAAGUCACUAACUUGAUGAUAUGCACAUUUGUCUUUGGCUUGUAUUUGAGUUAGCUUGUAAUUUCAAUACAUUAACAACUGUCUGUUGAUUUAUUCUCUUCUAUUAUAGAAACAAUGGCCUAACACGCGAUUCUGUGAAAAUAUUUGAAAUAAAUUCUUUUGUGAGUUGACUCGGCUUCUUUCAAUAUUUCUUCUACAUUGGUGAAUUCAUUCCCUGUGCAAGAAAACAAAUCGUGAAGAAACCCUUUUGUACUUAUUAUAUUUUUCUUGCAAAAAUCAUUUUAAUUCUAUUUUCAUCAUUUAUCGCAGUACUAAAUGUCGCUGGAGGUAAAGCCCCCAUGCAGUCGAGCAGCUCAGAGGGUGGAAUUCCGCAACGAGCUGUCGAUGGUAGCAGUGGACAAAUUUAUACUCCUCAAACGUGCACCCUUACAAGACCAGAGCACAGGCCCUGGUGGUACGUGAACUUACUUGAGCCUUAUAUGGUGCAACUUGUGCGGCUUGACUUUGGUAAACCAUGCUGCGGUGAGCGAUGGUAUGCCUGGAACGAUCGUUGUUCGUGUCGGAAACAAUCGGCCGGACCUGGGAACGAAUCCAAUUUGCAAUCGUUUCACCGGCCCCCUCGAAGAAGGGCAACCUCUUUUCUUACCUUGCAAUCCGCCUAUGCCCGGAGCCUUCGUUUCCGUACACUUGGAAGCAAACACGCCGGCACCAAUUCCAGUACAACUCUCGUUGUGCGAGGCUUUCGUGUACACCGAUCAGGCCCUUCCCAUCGAGAGGUGUCCGCAAUUUAGAGAUCAGCCACCAGGCUCGACAGCGACCUACAAUGGGAAAUGUUACAUAUUCUAUAAUCGGCAACCGUUGAUAUUCAGAGAGGCAUUGGCCUUCUGUCGUGCGCGAGGUGGCACCUUAGUGGACGAAAGCAAUCCUGCGUUGCAAGGCUUCAUUUCGUGGGAAUUGUGGAGGAGACACAGGAGUGACACAUCGAGUCAAUAUUGGAUGGGCGCAGUAAGAGAUCAAAAGGAUCGCACGGUGUGGAGGUGGACUGGUAGCGGCGAGGAGGUCUCCGUUUCUUUCUGGAGUCUGCCUCAAGGCACCGAGGAAGAUUGUGCUCGAUACGAUGGUAGCAGAGGAUGGCUUUGGUCCGAUACACCUUGCACAGCUCGGUUAAAUUUCAUCUGUCAACACCAACCGCGAGCGUGUGGUCGACCGGAACAGCCACCGAAUUCCACGAUGACGGUGACCACGGCAACAGAUCGAAAUUCCGGAAGCGCGUACGAAGUCGGGGCAACGGUGGAAUAUACUUGUAACGCUGGCAGCCUUCUUAUAGGCCCGUCGACUCGUACCUGCCUCGACACUGGCUUCUACAACGAGUUCCCACCGGUGUGCAAAAGCAUCGAGUGCGGUUAUCCAGCAAACAUAAAACACGGAGGCUACACACUUAUCAACAAUACCGUUAGCUAUCUCAGUCAGGUGCUUUAUUCGUGCGACGAGGGAUACGAGAUGACUGGUCGUGCAAGAUUGACUUGCGACAUCGACGAGCGCUGGAACGGACCGCCACCACGUUGCGAGCCAAUUCUCUGUGAUCCUCCUACCCCUGUCUCGCAUAGUUACAUUCAAAUCGAUGAAAUCGACGAAACUGAGACAAUACCAUUGAAGACGAACUUCAGUCGAAGCCUUCUCGUAGGUAGUAUCGUUACCUAUACUUGCGAGAAAGGUUACAGGCUCUCUGGGUUCCGACAAAUAUUGUGUUUGCCUACUGGAUUGUACGAUCAUGUCGCACCGACUUGUACAGAAGAGCCGCGUACCACAGUGACCGCACCUCCCCGAUCGACGGUACGAUCAACGACCAGCAGAACCCGACACACAUUCUUGCCACCCCGAGUCCGAACCACAACGAUUUCAACGACCACAACCACGACCACCCCUGUGCCACCGCGAAGAGUGUCCAGCACUGCCGAAUUACCGGCGACGGUUCGAGAGACCAUCGCGAGGAAACCGAAUGUCGGCCUUCAGAGGCCUGCGCCGCCUUCGUCGCCGCCCCUGAACGACGAUAGCAACGAUCAUCCUCAGGAUAACGAGAUCUCCGGCAGUGGAGUGGACAAUGCACAGGUUGGCAUUGGGACAGGUGUGCCUGAACCAUCUGGACCCUACAGGGUGGACAACGCCGACCAGUCGUCGAGUAACACUCACCAAGCGAAAUUAAAUCUAGGCGCGGUGAUCGCCUUGGGCGUCUUCGGCGGUUUCGUAUUCCUUGCCGCUGUAAUCACCACCGUUGUAAUACUCAUACGCAGAAAUCGCGGUAGAAGCAGCAAGCACUAUCGACACCGUGCGUCCCCCGAUUGCAAUACCGUGGCCAGCUUUGGAAGCAGUUCCUCCGAAAGUCGAGGAGGUCUGAAUCGAUACUACCGUCAAGCUUGGGAAAAUCUGCAUGAGACGACCGGCCAUAAGAACAAUCAUCCUCCUCUUCGUCGCAAGGAGACCCUGGAUGAACCAGGAUACCGAGAAAAUUACCGUGGUAACAACACCGAGAGAGAUGGCUCGGAAUUAGUUGUGAGCGACGUAGCCACGUAUCCGUCUAACAAGCACGCCAGCAUUUCCGACAAGAAACGUCAUCACCAUCAUCAUCAUCAUCACCACGGUAACUCUACGCCCGAGUGGAGGCAGUCUCAGUCUCAUCACAGAUACUGA